AUUCACUCCGCAGCGUCAUACAAAGUAUGCUUGGAGCCAAUCAUGCGCUGGCGAUAAAGGCGGUGUGCCGCUAAGUCAGCUUCUGCCUGAGGCUCUGAUCAAUAUAUCCUCGCCGACAGCUCUUUUGGCACCUUCAGUUAACCAGAGGAUUAACGCUACCUACAACGCAUCAUGACUACUGCCCACAGACCCACCUUCGACCCCGCUCAAGGCAAAGAGGCCCUCCGCGGCCCGGCGUACCAUCAGCGCCUCCUGCCCGCACAUAAACACCUGAAAACUCGUCAACUAGGACAGGGCACUGAAGGAGAGUCGCACCAACGCGACCUGCGCGCGGAAUUGCUCCAGGCAGAGGCCGCUCACUUUGCCAAGAAGCGAGGCAUUCCCGUUGAUGAGACAACGAGCGAAAGCGCGACACCAAAGCGCCAGCUAGAAGGCCCCUCAAACGGCAACGCGGAGAUCGACGAAGAAGACGGAGAGGCGAAACGGCGGCGGAUAUUGGAGGAGACAAGAGACAUAGAUGCAGAUUCCGACGGGUCAGAGGAGGAGAGUAGUGAAGAAGAGAGUGACGACGAAGAUGAAGCUGCGGAAUUGAUGAGAGAGCUUGAGAAGAUCAAGAAAGAGAGACUCGCUCAAAAGGAGAAAGAGGAACGCGAACGUGCGGCUGAAGAGGAGGAACAACGAGAGUACGAUAUCGCGCGAGGCAACCCUCUGCUCAAUCCAACAGAACUAAACAUGAAGAGACGCUGGGAUGAUGAUGUGGUAUUCAAGAACCAAGCUCGCGGCACAGAAGAUAAGCGUGGAAAAGAGUUUGUUAAUGACCUGCUUCGAUCGGACUUUCACAAGAAGUUCAUGUCGAAAUACGUGCGGUAGUUACACUUUCAGCCGGUUCUUAUAGAAUCACUUUUAAUCUAUUCAAUGACCAUCCCUCUAAUGCUUCCUUUCCUCGUCGGUGCCAAAUCUCUUGUACUAUGCCAAUAUAUAUAUAUCCAGCCCGUUUGUUCAGAGUAGCACUUACAACAAUAGAGCCUUCCUCCAGAACGACCUAUAAACUCAUGAUAUUCAACACAAUGUCCAUAAUGCCCGAAACCAAUGAAGAACAUUAUGAUUAGACUCAUUGCCUGCUUUCUUCAACCAUCUCUCAUCCCAAUUUAAUUGUAACUUCAAAAUGGACUCACAG